AUGACCUCCCACGUGUACUACUCCUUCAGCUCGUCCAAAGACCUGGACGUGGUGCGCUUCGACGGGGACUACAUCCGGGUCGGUGAGCUCAAGUACCUGAUCGAGAAGAAGACGGGCCUGCACCGCGACCCCACGAUGGUAAUAGAACUGUUCGACCCGCGCACGCUUGAGGAGUACAAGAAGGACACAGCGAUGAUCCAGAAGAACAAGUCCGUGAUUGCCAAGCGCAGUCUGAAGAUCAAGCCCAGCCCGAUAAUCGCCUCGGAGCGGGCCGGCGAGCCGGCGGCGCCGGAGGCGCCGCAGGAUGCCGGGGCACGGCCCGAGGCGCCCUCGGCGGGGGUGGUGUUCCCUAAAGAGCCCGAGGCGCCCAAGUCGGAUGCCGAGGGAGGGGGCCCGGCGGAGGGGGAGGAUGAUGACGAUGCGCUUUUUGGCCCGGACGCUUUCGCGCCGGCGAAGGACGAAGAGGAGGAGCUGGAGCGGGCGCUGCUGGGCGCCGCCCAGACGUGGCAGAACGACCUGCUGGCUGGUGGGGGGCGGGAUUUCGGCCGCGGUGGCCGGGGCUUCAGCCGGGGGAUGGGCUUCGGCGGGCGCGGCCGCGCCAGGGGCUCCGGGCGCGCGUCCGGCGUGCCUCGGAUGGGCUACGUCUGCCACCGCUGCCGGGUGCCGGGCCACUACAUCGAGGACUGCCCCACCAACGGCGACCCCGCCUACGACUUCAAGCGCGUGCGCUACCCCACGGGUAUCCCCUCCUCGAUGCUGGAGCGCGACGACAACGGCGGCCUGCUGGUGCCGGGAACGGGCGAGCGUGCGCGGCUCAAGCCCAACCUGGCGGCGUUCGAGCGGGAGAUGGCCACGGUGCCCAAGCCGGACAGGCACAAAAAGGCGGAGUCGGACGCUGUCGAUGGCGGCGCCGGAGAAGCUGACAGGAUCGAAUCCGGAGCCACGGGGAAGGCAGAGGGGGAAGCGGGCACCGCGGGCAUCGCGGGUGAUCUGCCUUUGUCUGGUGGCGAUGUGGCCGCCGCACCUGAGGGCACGGGCGAGCAGCGAGCCGCGGACGACGAGCCGGAUGGGGGCAAGAUGGCGGAGGGCGGUCCGGGGCAGGGUGACGGUGCCGCCGCGGGGCAGGGGGCGGGGGGGGAGGGGGGGAGGGAGCCCAUCAGGUGGGAGGGGAGGGGCGGGGGCGGGAGGGGGAGGACGCUGGACGGGGGCCCGCGGCCGCCCUUCGGCGGGCAGGGCCCAGGCGUGCCGUCCUUCCUGGACCCCUUCGUGCUGGCGUACCCCAAGAUCCGGGACGUGCUGCCAGCGGGGUCGCUGAGCGCGCUGAGGAAGGCGUUUGGCGGGGGCAAGCCCCUGCCAAAGGAGGAGUUCCUGGCCAUCCAGAAGGAGCACGAGGAGAAGGCGUCCAAGGAGGGGUCCGCACUCCACAGCCAGGGCAGCCACGCGCAGCAGGGCAGCCCCAGCCCGAGGGGCGCCAACAGGGAGGAGCCCCCCCACGGACCGCUUGGCCCGUCCCCCAGCAAGAGCCCCGUUCCACGUCCCGGUCCUGGACGCCACAUCGAAGGUCCGCGAGAUGUGAGGCAGAUGCCACUGCGCGGCAGGAGCCCCGGACCUGGACCUGGACCUGGACCUGGGCCUGGGCCUCGCUGGAUGCCGCCACCCUCCCCUCCCUUCAACAGCAGGGGUGGACCUAUGGGCGCGCCCGAUUGGGCGUACAGGGGCAACCCGUGGGGACCGAUGCCUUAUGAUGGACCAUACCACCGGCCGCCCUAUGACGCCCUUCAUGGCCCCUAUUGGAGGCCGCACCCAUACUACGACCAUCCACCCUUUAUGCCAGGCAGUAGGGGCCACUUUGGGGAGGGUUUCGGCCGGCCAAUGCCCAUGAGGGAGGGUGGCUACAAUGGGCUGUAUCCAGAUGGCUAUGGUCGAGGGCCAAUGCCCAGGCCACCGGAUGACCACUUUGCCAGGGGCAUGGGGUUCAACGACCAUCCUGACGCACGGUUUGAGGGCCCGCCAGAUGGUCGGCGCAGUGGCCGGCUGGACCCUCGGUUUGAUGGCAGACCUGGUGGCGGCCUGGAUGGCAGGCCAGAUGACCGCCAUGGCGUUCGCCCCGCCAGGCACAGUGAAGAAAGGGAUGUUCGGGGAAGGAAGGAGCUGGAUUUCCAUGACAUCCGGAAACGGGAAUGGAGCGUAGAUCGCACCUGGGAGCGAACGCCAGACAGGGGCAGGUGGCAGGAUGAGGAGCCGAUGCUGGACAGCCGGUCGCAGCAUGGUGAGAGACCAUGGGAACCGGAGUUGAAGAGGUUUUCUCCAGGGAGGAGCCUGAGCGGCAAGGAUGGCGAUAUGGCAGAUGACCGUGUCAGCCUGCCACCGCACACGCAUCGGGACUUUCCCAGGCAGAGCCCGUCCAUUGCAUUGGAUCAGGGCCGAGAAGAAAAGCCCAGGCAGGAUCUCCCUGAGGGCUUUGGGAAUGGAAGAGCAGCGAGCCUGGAGAGGCGGCCAUUGGGCAAGCUGGACCAGUGGGACUAUGUUGACAUGCGCACACCCAGGGGGCGGGUACAUUCGCGGGUGGAGGUGUCGUUACGGCGGAGCACCUCAAGGGAUUCGAUGCACCAGUCGCUGUCAUGGCCGAGGUCCAGGUCAAGGUCCAGAUCCAAAUCGCCAUAUCCACAGGAAGACAUUCCACAUAAAAACACGGGCGAUGAGAGGUGGGAAAUGGAUGGCCCUGACCCCCAGCCUGAAGACUUCAUUGCGCUCGAAGACGAUGCACUCAGCAAUGGCGAUCUGGAACACUGGGCAUCUGGGAGUAUCGUGAGUGAUGUAAAGUCUCACAGCACCAAACACAGGGAAAGGUCUGGGGCCCACAAGAAGAGCAAGGGGAAGAAACGACACAGGGAGAAAACCAACAAACAUGAAAAGAGCGAGAAGAGCAAGAAGAGGAGGACAGAAGGCAGCAGGAAGGAGCGCAAGAGCGGGAAGCACAAGCGUGUGCCCCACCCUGUCUGA